AUUUGUGAUUGUGUGAGGGAUUGGAUUUCGUGGCAGUUAGAGAAAAUUAUCAAUCAAAUUGUAAACGCAGAGAAUCAAUUCGGCAUCCAUAAAUGCUAAAUCCCCAAUUGAAUUUGUUGAUUACCAGAUUUCUGUUAAAUCAUUGAUUACUUCGCCCACUAGUUUGAUUCCUAACCUUCUCCGCUCGCAAAUUUCUCGUCGAAUCCGCCCAGAUUUAAAAACAAGAUCAAUCCAGCCCCAUACUCCCGCAAAUUUGCAGCUUAGGUAAUCCUUAUUGUUGUUGGUCAACAAAUUAGCCGAAUUUCUGAUAAGCUGGAUUGAAAUUUGGUGAUUUUUGAGCGGAGAAUGGGUAAGAAUGAGGCGAAUCGUAGUGCGGUGAAAUCGUACGAUGGAUCGGAUGAGAAUUUGGUAUCGCGUUCUUCGUCGAGAGAAGGGGAAGGGAAGAAAUUGUGGAAGAAGGUGAAAUAUCAGCUGGUGGAGUACCACGCGCUGCCUGGAUAUUUGAAGGAUAAUGAGUAUAUCCUAGCUCAUUACAGGGCUGAAUGGCCUCUGAAGCAGGCCUUGCUCAGCGUUUUCUCCAUUCACAAUGAGACUCUCAACGUUUGGACGCAUUUGAUUGGAUUCUUCCUUUUCCUCUCUCUAACCAUUUACACUGCAAUGAAGGUUCCAAAUGUUGUCGACCUGAAUUUGCCAAGUGCACUCAGGAAUGCGGAUUUUCAAAAAUUGCAUGCAGAACUUAUUACUAGUCUCCCAUCCUUGCCACAUAUGCCCGAUCUUCAGAGGCUUCGUGAGGAGUUGAAAACUGCAUUGCCUUCAAUGAACUUGUCACCAUACUUAUCUAAUUGGCACAUCGUGGAACUCCUCUCUAACUGUUUACCAGAGAAUCUGACUCACAGCAACCACACUGAUACUUGUGUUCUGCAUCAUAUGAAAGAGGAUGUGGCGAACAUAAUAGCUCCAUUGUUGGUGAGGCCAAUCACCCGUUGGCCAUUCUUUGCUUUCUUGGGCGGGGCUAUGUUUUGCUUGUUAGCCAGCAGCACAUGCCACUUGCUCUCCUGUCACUCUGAGCGCGUAGCAUACGUCAUGCUUCGGCUCGACUAUGCAGGGAUUGCUGCUCUUAUCUCGACAUCCUUCUACCCACCCGUAUACUACUCCUUCAUGUGCUAUCCUUUUUUCUGCAAUCUCUACAUGGGCUUCAUUACUCUACUGGGAAUUGGCACAAUCCUGGCAUCUCUUCUUCCGAUGUUCCAAAGCCCCGAGUACCGCACCUUCCGAGCAUCCCUCUUCUUUGGGAUGGGUUUCUCUGGCGCAGCCCCCAUCUUACACAAGCUAAUCUUGUUCUGGCACCAGCCGGAGGCGCUCCACACUACAGGAUACGAAGUUUUGAUGGGACUGUUUUACGGCAUAGGAGCACUGGUAUAUGCAAUGAGAAUCCCAGAGAGAUGGAUGCCGGGGAAAUUCGACAUUGCUGGCCACAGCCACCAGCUCUUCCACGUUCUUGUUGUAGCCGGAGCUUAUACGCAUUAUCGUGCAGGACUUGUGUAUCUCAGGUGGAGAGACCUGCAAGGAUGCUGAGGAAAUUAAACUCAAAUUGUUAAGAGUAAGUUUAGGUGGUAAAUAUGCCAAUUAAUUCAGUGGUAAAGCUGAUGUUGUGAAGAAAAUAAUUGGAGCAAAUGCUUGAACGCCAUAUCGCGUUAAUGUUGUUUUAGUCAAGUCUAAUAUGUUUAGAAUCUUAGAAUUCUUAUGCAUAUAAAUUAGAGUAAAUAUUACAAACAA